UGCAGUCGGUCCACGUUCGUGUUUGUUCUGAAUCCGCGGGCAUGCUGUGCGCGGCGCGUGUUUAGCAUCGAAGCGAUUUGAUUAGGUUCAUUCCGUGAGGUUGUGCUACUGACUCGUGUUUCGGGGCGUGUGCGUAUCAAAAGAAGUCACCCAACACAGCAGAAAAGUCAUCCCCCUCCUCCCGCAGCACACCCUUCCCCUUCGUUGUGUGUACGUGACUGGAAUUGCAACGAGGCCCGCGAUAGAGAGAAUACCCUCCAAGGUGUGGUGUUCUUAGCUGCCUGGUGCCUGCCACCAAAGUGUGACUGGGUGUCGCGUACCUCGUGGUCGCGAUUGUGUUGACGCAGCGAUCGCGGUAGAGAGUAGUAUACUGUCAACAUCGCGAUCAGCUGUGCCAGGUGUUUUAGCGGAAGCAGCGUGCGUUCCAUUCGUGUUUGGCGUCGGAGUCAGCCCAGGUUUUUUCUUUCAUUCUGCGUGUCUGUGGGUGUCGGUGCGUACGCUGGAGAAGCGGUGGUGAACGAUGGGGAGUACCGGAUAUACGUGCAUACGAAGGACUUUUUGUUCCUUCAACAUUCUUAUCUGGCUCUGUGGUAGUGGAUUUUUGGCGAUUGGAGUCUGGUUACACUUUGCUUAUCCCGGAUACGCCACGUUACUGCCGGACCAUGCCGUGCUAUCGGCUGAUUGCGUCUUCAUCACGGUCGGUGUGCUCAGCUUCGUGAUCGCUUUCUUCGGUUGCUGUGGAUCGUGGUUCCAGUCGCGAUGCUUUUUGGUGAUAUACUUCACCUUGGUCGUGCUUUUGUUCCUAAGCGAGUUCCUGUUGGGAUCGCUGGCGUUUGUGUUCCGCGGUGGUAUUGGGCGUAUGCUAGCCCAUGAGUUGAAGUACGGUAUCGAGAAGCACUACAAUGUGAGCGAUCGCGGAGGCUUCUUCACACCUUCGGUCGCCUCGAUUUGGGAUAAGCUGCAGGUUGAUCUUCAAUGUUGUGGUGUUUCGUCGUACGAAGAUUGGCACGAUAUCAGUGCGUGGCCCGGUGAGCGAUGGGUACCGCGAUCCUGCUGUCGCCCCCAGUACGGUUCCGUGUUUCUCGAAGGAUCCGGUGAUGAGCUACCGAGCAUCGACUGUCGGAAAGCUGGAGAUCCAUCGUUGCUGUGGGACAAAAGCUGUGGCCAAAUUCUGCAGAUGUGGUUCGUGCAACGGCUUCACGUCGUCGGUACAGUUGGUUUAGUCAUAGGCUUCCUACAGCUUUUUGGUCUCAUCUCAUCGAUGCUACUGUUUUGUACGGUCAAACAUAAACGAUCUUCGAAAACGUACAAAUCCUACUCCCCAACGGUCGAUACGACGCUCAACCGUAACGGGACGAGCGGUACCUAUAUGGACGAUUGACUGUAUGACUGAGUGGUUCGCACAUCGAUCAACGCAUUGGACGAUCGCUAGCCACCAAAAACCAACAGACCGGAUAGUAACCAGGAAUCCAAUACUCACCAUCUCUUCACUGGACUGGGCGGCGACGAGGGUCCUUCGAGGCCACUGAAGAGUAAGCAAUGGUUGUGUGUGUAUUUAGCCCCCCGAUCCGGGCUCGGCCGGAGCGGUACAUGAAAUGUUAUCCUCGAAAAGCGAAAGGAUUUUGUGCCAAAAAGUGUGGUAAGGGACAGUAGGAGCAAUGAAAGUAAUCAACGAGCAGCGAAAGGGAGCUAAGGGAUAGAGGGAUGCGAUCGAGGACAUCUCACAAACCAAAUCGGCAAAGCGAACUAGUGGCAGGCGUUAGUUGUGACGUAGCAAAACCAAUAGAAUAGCGGAAUACGAAUUUCGUUCGAUUUUAUUUAUACAACCCCUAAUUAGCUUUAUCAUCGUCAUCGAACAAUCAUCACUCGUGAAGAACCACGAAAUUACCAAAACAUCUGCCGCGGAUUUGCCGAGCGACGGCAACGCUGCGUGCUGCAACACGUGAUGAUCACAAAACAGAAGGUACAGAACAUUCCAACAGUCGAGCGUAGCAGUAGCCGAAAAGCAUGGCAUCAUUUUAAGUAUUUACAAAACGAACAAUAAAUGCUCCUCCAAGAGGUGUAA